AUGGCCGAUUUUUAUGAAAUACUUGAGGUGGAUAAAACGGCCACAGAAGAUGAAAUCAAAAAAGCAUAUCGUCGUUUAGCUCUCAAGUGGCAUCCAGAUAAAAAUCUUACAAACAAAGCUCAAGCAGAAGAAAAAUUUAAAUUAAUAUCUGAAGCUUAUGAAGUUUUAUCUGAUAGUCGUGGACGAUUUUUAUAUGAUCAAUUGGGUCCAUCAAUAAUUUAUAGCGAAAGAACAAAUGAAGAACUUGAAGCAUUAUUUCGUGCAGUAAUUAUUGAUGAUGAAUUUUUAAAAGUUUGUGAUGAAGAAGUUAGAAAAUAUAAUAAUAAUGAACAAGAUACAAUAUUAUCAUUUUUAAAUCCAAUAAAUCAAUAUGAUUAUGAAGAAAUUUCCUUAUUUGAAAAUGAAAAUGAUUUAAAUCCAAAUGUUGUUCAUGAAAUAAAUAUGUCAAUUCAUUAUGAUUUUCAAUAUGAUAAAAAUAGUUCAAAUUUAAAAUUUGUUAAACGACAUUUUAAUAUCAUUCCAGAAGAUAAUGAUCAUUUAACAAAAAAAAAUCGUUUUUCAAAUUUAAAUUUAUCUAAUGAUAUCGAUCGAUUUGUUAAAAUACAUGAUUAUGUUCAUCAUUCACAACAACCAGAACAACAACAACAACAACAACAACAACAACAACACAAUACAAAAAUACAUAGACAAGAGAUAAAUAAAGAAGUAAAUAAUAAACAAGAAAUAAAUCAAAAGAAAAAACCUUCUUUAAAACGACGACAAACAUUGAACGAUCAUUAUAGACGAACAACAAUAACACCAGUAGAUGAAACACAAUAUUUUGAUACAUUUGCAUUAACUCAACUUGUUGAACAACAAUUAGAAGCUGCUUAUCGUGCAACUACUAUAAAUAAUUUUAAUCCAAUUAAAAAUCAACCCACUCGUACACAACCAAUUAAUCGAGCUAAAUUUGUUCAACCACCAAUAUUAAUUCCAAAAUCCGAAGAAAAAUCUUUUCGUCAUCGUGUUGAUCAUAUUGAAUUUCCAAAAACAACUUUUCCUCGUCCUUUACGUAAAUCAUUUAUAUCUUAUGAUGAAAACAUUUCACAACCAAUUCAAUCAAAGAAAGAACGAGAAAGACUCUUAUUACUUGGUCAACAAAGUAUUAAAUCAUCAGCAGUUGCAUUGGGUGCACAUAAAAUUCCAGAUCAUGUUCAAUCAAUUGAUUUACUUGAAAUUCCAUGUAUACAAAAGAAUGGAAAACAAUUUCAAGAUUUUAAACUUAUUAGUUAUGAUACAUUUGAUCAUUGUCCAAUUUCUUCAGUUCCUUCAACUUCUACUCUUCGUCGUACAAAAUCAAUGAGAAAUAUUGAUAAAUCAAAUGAAAUAUCAAAUAAACAUUCAUCAACAAUUUCCGAUGAUAUGAAUUUACACAAUCUCUCGAAAAUUACAUCACCAUUGAAAACUAUUAAACGUAAUAUAUUUCAUAAAAAUGGAACAGCAAUUAAUAAUAAACAAGUAUUCAAAGAAAAGAGUAAAGAAGAUAAACGUCGAAAAUAUGAUCAAUUGGGUCGAGCUGGUUUAUCAAACGGUCAUGGUGGUGGUGGUGGUGGUUUUUCAUCUAGCGAUGUAUAUGGAGGAUUUUCAGAAGACUUUCUUAAUCGAACAUUUCAUUUUCACAAUCCAUUCGAUAUUUUUGAACAGUUCAUGUCCCAUUUUGGCAUGGAUGAUGAUUUUGGUUUUGGUAUGCAUCCAUUUGCUGAUUUACAACGUCAUCGUCGUAAUCGAGAUCAGCAUUCCUCCACAUCAAGACGUGCACCACAGCAAAUGACUUUGUUCGAUAAUUUUUUUUCUCCAAUGAGAAUGUCUUUAUUCGAUCAUGAUUCAUUUGCCGGUGAUUUUGGAGGAAAUAAUAUGGGAACUGUUUCAUCAUUUAAUAUAUCAUUUGGUAGUGGCGGUUCUCGACCACUAUCGAAAAAAACAACUAAAUCUACUAAAAUGAUUAAUGGUCGACGUAUAACUACUACACGAGAAGAGAUAAUGAGUAAUUCAAAUGAAAAGGAUCUAGUAGAUGGAAUACGUACUCAAGGGUUAUCAUUACCUACCGAUUUAUCAGCAGAAAAAAUACAAGAUUUUCAAGCUGCUUUUAGUAUUAUGGAUACACAAUCGAAAGGUUUUGUAGGAGCUGAAGAUAUUAUUCAAGUAGCAGAAUCUGCAAAUAUGAUAUUAGCUGAUAAUGAAGCUCAAUUGUUACUUGGUUCAGCUGAUGAAGAUCAUUCAGGUGGAAUUGAUAUGAGAGAAUUUAUAUCAAUUAUGACAACACCUAUUAAACAAGAAGAUUUAGAAGAUGAACUUCGUGCAACAUUUCGAGUUUUUGAUAAAGAUGGAAAUGGAACAAUUAAUGCUAAUGAACUUAAACGAUUUGUUCGACUAUGGGAUAGUGAAUUAACAGAAGAUGAAGCUGAUGAUAUGAUUGGUCAAGCUGAUCCACAUAAAACAGGAUCAAUUAAUUAUGAUGCUUUCAUACAAUUUCUUCUUCAUACAUAA